AUGGGUUGUUGUUCUAGUGCUGCAAAUGAAAUUCAUAUACCUGCUGAUAGAAUAUAAAAUGAAUAACAUUAAAAUAAAAAAAAUACAGAGAAAGGGAAUGAAUAACUGUAAAAAAAUAAACAAGUUGAUUAAGAUAAUGAAAUCUUAAUUUAAAAUCAAGAUUAAGCUCAAACUGAUUAAUAAAUGUCAAAAUCAUUAGCUAUUCAACAAACUUCUCCUUAGGAAAGCUAAUAAAUGUAUUGAAGUUAUAAAUUAUACUAAUAGGCCAUAAAAUCCAUAUGAGUAUAAGGAAUAGCAAACAGAAGAGUAUAUGAAGAAAUCUAAAUAAUUUGAUGAUAAUUAAAAUACAGAUUAAGAUGACUUGACUUCAAGUAAAAAUUUUUUAAUCAUUUAGUUGUGAAAAAAGAGGUCUAAUCAAUAAGAGAAUUUUUAUAAAGAAAGAGAUUACUUAAAGCAAAAGAAUAGUAAAAUUCUAGGGAAUAAAUGAAUAUUAUUGAAGAAUUCGAAAGAUUAAUUCACAAUAAAUAAUUAAAAUUAGAUUCAUUGAAUGUAAGUAAAAUUUAAAUAAAUUUAAGGAUAUUUGUUAAAAAUAUAAUAUAUCUUUGAUAGAGAUCUUAUCUUUAAUGAAUGAGUAAAAUUAUUAUUUAAUUGAAUUAAUUCUCAUUUACAUCAAUGAUUAUGAAAUAAUUCAACAUGUUUUACUUAAUAAUAUUCUACCUGAAGGAUAGAUAUUAUAAGUUACUGCUAUUAGAUUGAUUAAUAAAAUGAAGCCAUUUUACAGUAGUCAGGAAUAAAUUGAAUAAACUAUAAAUUUCAUCUAAUCAAUAUUUGAUUCAGAUGAGAUUAUUCGUAUUUUAAAUCAAUUGGAAUUUAGUAACAUAGAUUCAUAUAUAAAUAUGAAAGAUUAAGAUUAAUUAAGACUAUUUGGAUUGAUUAGUAAACUAUUUUUAAAAAGUGCUAACCAUGCAAAUUUAAAUUUUAUUCAAUAAUAUAAAGAGGCUAAAAAGAAUUACAAUUUUUAAAAUUUGAUAGUUCCAAAAUCUAUACCUUUAGGAUAAAGUAAUAUUAGAAUUGCUGAUAAAGCUUAAUUAGAAUAUUUAUAAUUCAAUAUUUUCCAUUAGAUUGCUAUAUAAAAAAAAUGGGAUUUAUUUUUAUAAUAUUCAAAUGACUAUUAUUUGAUGCCAAAUAUUUCGUAAACCACUCCUAUGAUGAUUUUAUUUUAAGAGGCUCCAUUUACUGUUAUAAAUGACUAUAACAUAAAAUAUCCAGAUUCUGUUGAAAAAUCAUUAAAUUUCUUUACUAAGAGAGGUAAGAAUUUAAUACAUUGUUUAUGUUUAAAUAAAACUCAAAGGUCUAUUGAUGAUAGUAAAUUAAUUAUUGAUAAAUUAAAUGAAUAUUAAGAAUUGUUAAAACAUUUAUUAGUUUAACCCUACAAUGAACAAAUUCCUUUAGUUACAUAUUUAGAUUGUUAAAAAGAUCCUUAAGAUAUUUUUAUUUAAUUUUUAAGUUAACAUUUAUAAAAAGAAUUUGAUUUUUUUUAAAUUUAUUUAGAAGUCUUAUAAUUUGCAUUUAAAAAAAAUCGAUAAGGCAAUCAUAGAAUAAAUCCAAAUACAGAUUAUUUUUAUUCAAUUUAAAAUGGAAAUACUCCAAAAAGAUUGAGGAUUUAAAAUUAUGAAGAAUAGAAUUAUAAAAAAUUUGAUAUAAUAUAUUAUCAAUAUAUCUAAGUAGCUAAAUAGUUAAUAAAACAUAAAUUUAAAAUAAAUUUGAAUUGGAUUAAUAAUUUUGAUAUUCAUUCAACUCACUAUCCAUAUGAAUACAGUGGAGUAGUAAGACCAUUGUUGAUUUUAUUAAUAUAAAAUGAUUAAUUUGAUUUAGUAAAGCAACAAGUAGAAUUAAUAAAAGCAAGUUAUUAGUAAUAGAUUGAGAUUAAUAAUGAAAUCCAUAUUUAAUCUCAAUUUAUAUCUAAGUUAAUUUAAAUAAUUAAAUUUUCAUCAGAUAGAUCAUAAUUAAUUCCUAUAAUAAAAGAUAUCUAAGAAGCAAUAUAAUCUAAUCCUUAAAUACUGAAGAUUCCUUUACAUGGAUAUUUUGAUGCAAGAUCUAAAUAGAAUUUAUAUUGUUUUGAUUGUAUUUAUACUCAACUUAUAGAUUUGAAUGAUAGAUCUUUUGAUUAAUGUUAUUAAAUACAAGGUUAACAAUUAUAAUAGAAUGAAGUAGUUUGUUUAUAAAUAAUUCGAAAACUCUUUUUAAAUCACAAAUUGUUACAAGUUGAUGAUUAAUUUAUUAAUGAAAUUUAUAACAAUAUUACAUUUGUUGCUAAUUUUGAGUAAGACAGUAAUUCUGAAAAUGAAGUAGAAGAAAAAAAAGGAAGAAUCAUUUGGAAAAAAUCUAAUCUACCAUCAAAGUAUGUAGAUGAUGAUGAUGGUAUAACUUAUUAUAGAAUCAAUCAUUUUAAAGAUUCAAAAUAUAUUGUUUUAGUUUUAAAGACAAUUAAUGAUAAUGAAGGACCUACAUAUAAUUUUAAGGAAUUUAUUUAAUUCUUAAAAAUUAAGGAAUAUGAAUAUACUGUUAGAUAAGAAAAUUUGUUUGAUACAAUUUGUAAUUUAAAUUUAAAUUAAGAUGAUCAAAUAUAAACAUUAAUUACACUUAACUUUGAUGAUAACUUUAGAAAAUUCCCAUAAGGUUUACAUCUUUUAGAUGAUUAUUUUGAUAUUAGUGUUAAUUCUUAAUUUUGGAGUACUUCAUUAUUUAUUUAUGCAAAUUAAAUAAAAUUUGACUAUAAUUUUAUUCUUUAGGAUGAAGGAACAAUUAGAUUUACAAUAUUUAAAAUUUAAUAAGAUUAAUUAGAAAAUUGUUAUAAUUGGGAGUUAGCUGGUAUGAUUUUAAAUUUGAUUGUAUAUCCUUAAGAAUUUCCAGUUGCAAGGAAUUAUAAAGAAAAGGCAGUAUUAUAUACAAUAUAAAAAAGAAAGCCAUUUCUUGCAUCAUUGAUAACAUUUUAAGAAUGUUAUAAAGAUUUAACUAAACAAUAUCCUCAAGAUAAAAUCAGUGUAUAUAUACUUGAAAAACUAUCAUUAAAAGAUAUUAUAGAGAAUGAAUCAUAUCAAAGUUUGAAUCAUCUCUUAAAUAUCACUAAUACUAGUAGAAAUGUAUUAGCAUAUCUUUUAGCUAAAGAAUACUUCCCUUAAAAUUAUUCGAAUACUCCAAAUAAAGAAGAAGUUAAAAAAUUUAAUGAUGCUUUACAAAUAUUAUUUUAAAAUUUAUAUUACAAUUAAGAAACUCCAAAAGGAUAUUUAAAUUCAUUCGAAAAAUGCUAUUUAUAUUCAUUAAUUAAUCUUUAAUCCUAUCAAAUUCUUGAAAAGAAUUUUGAAGAUUUGAAUAUAAUGUAAGUAAAAGAUAUUUUAAAUGCAUGUAAAGAUAAAGAAGUUAAAAUUGAAUUAUUAAAUGAUUUACCAGAUUAAAUAAUUAUUGAAUCUUUAAGAAAUUCAUUAACUAAUGUAUGUAUUUAAGAUUAACAAAUGAUUGUUCCAGUUUUUAAAAAAUUGUAAUCUCUAAAUCUUGAAAACAGAAAACUUUUUUUUGUUAAAGCAAUUUUACUAUAAUUUUUCAAUUUAAAUCCAACUUAAGCAAUUGAUUGUUUAUUUGAAAUUCUUGAAAUAGAGCAACCAGAUUAUCAAUUAAAAUUUAUUUUGCAUUUAUAUUCACAUGCAUAUCGAAAUAAAGAUUAGAAAUCACUUAAUCGUUUAUUAGGAUAUUUGGAUAUGUAUUUAGAUCCUGAAAAAAAAAAAAAGAAAAUUUAUAUUAUGUUAGGAAAUUAAUUUUCUAUUGAUCAUGAAUAUAUCAAUUACUUUUAAGCUUUAAAGUAUCCUCCUUGUUUAGUAUUAAGUACAAAGUAAUAUAAAACUUAUUUGGAAUAAAAUAAAUUUGAUAAAAUGAAAUUAAGAAAUGAUUAUCUAUUAUGUGUAAGAGAAGGAUUAUAUGAAAAAAUUGAAAUUUUAAAUAAAAUAAUUGGUUCAUUUGAUUAAAUCAAGGAAUAAGAUACUUUUUGUCAAUUUAUUGCUUUAUUUUUAAUUGAAGCAAAAAUAUAACCUUUUAAUUAAUCUUUAAUGGAUAAUUAAGUUGAUUUUCUUGAUGAAUAUUUUAAUUAUUUGAAAUAAAUGAAAAGGUAUUAAUUUUUUAAUUAGAAUCAUCAAUAUACUUUAGAAAGGAAAUAAUUAAAAUAAAAAAAUUCAAUAUUAGAGAUUAGAUAGAAAGCCUAAGAAUUAUAUGAUAAUUCAAAGAAAGUUAUUAAUCAUUCAAUAAAAAAACUUGAAUACAUCAAUAAAUCAGAGUUUUAAUUAAUUUUUAAAUAAAAUUAAGCAUAUUCAAAAUAGAAUCAAAAUUAUUCUUGUUUAUUUUAGUCUAGUUAUAAUUGUUAAUCUUAAAAUUAUGAAAAAUGUUUUGAGAUUGUUUAAAAAUGGGCAAAUUAAAAAACAUUAUGUUAAGUUUCUCCAUUUUAUGAAAGAAUUUAUGUUCUUCGAUAUCCUAACAAAUAAGUAAUUCAAUAAAAAGAACAAUUAAUAGAAAUGUUAAUCAAACAUUUUUUAAUUAAAUAAACUGGACCUAGUUUUUUAAAAUAUAAAUCAAAAGAAUAUAUUUUAUUAUUAAAAGCGAAUUGUUCAAAUUAACUUAAUAAAUAUAUGAAAGAUAAUUUUAGAAAUAUUCGUCCUUAAAUGAUGGAAUUAUUUGUUUAAGAAAUGAUUUGUGAAGAUAAAAAAUAUGAUCCAAGUAAUGAUGAUUUGGAUUAUAUUAUUAUGAAGAUGAAAUAUUAAAAUAUAAAGUUAGUACCGAUUCUAAAAAAGAAAUAUAAAGGAUUAUAAACUAUAAAAUUUAAUUCUGCAACAUUAUUUUAUGCAAAAAAUGAAGUAAAUCUUUUACCAUAAACUGAAUAUGAUAUAUCAUGUAAAAAAUUUGAGAAGAGAAUGCAAUUUUUUGCUAGAUUUAUUAGUGGAGUUGGAGCAAACUUAAAAAAAUUAACACCAGUUUAAGUUUAUUUGAUUUUUGGUAAACACAAUCAUAUUUUACAGAAACCUCAAUUUAGUUAUGAAAAUUUAAUACUUGCUCUUAUUAGUGGUAAUAUGGAUACUAUUAUUUAUAUAAUAUAACUUAAUCAGUAACCAAAUAAACUUGUCUUUGAAUAGAAUAUUUUUUAAUUAAUUAUUUAAGGAAAUUAUAAUGACAACCUUAUUUUAAAGUUUUUCAAUAAAUAUAUUAAAGAUUAAGUUAAAUAAACCAAUAGAAUUUUUGUACUUGAUAAUUAACCAAUUUUGUAUUAUUUAAUGUUAAUGAAAAAAUAAAAAUUAUUUGAAGAUAUUUAUUUACCUUUUAUGAUUUAAAUACAUGGGGAAUAAAAAGCUAUGUAAUUAUUAAAGGAAGAAUUAUUAUCUAGUUAAUGGAGCAAUAAUAAGUAGGAUUUAUUAGGAUUGGCAUUAAUGAGAAAAAACUAUUUUAUUUUAAAUUAUUGUUAAGAUAUCAUAAAAAAAGAACAUCUUAAAUUUAUUUAACAUUAUGAUAUAAGUUUCUUUUAAUCAAUAAAAAUUUAAUAAAACAAUACUCCAUAUUCUAAAUUUAUUGAAUUAUACUAAAAAUAUCUGCCUUUAUGUUGUUAAUAAUUAAAAUUUAAAUAAUUUAAUAAAUAGAUUGUAUAAGAUUCAAAUGGAGUUUAUAGAAUUAAAGAUGAAAAAUAAAUUGAUGUAAGAGAAUUAUAAUUAGUAUAACUUAUAUAAUAUGAGUAAGCUUGCAUAAAUUAUAUUUUUAAUUUAGAUGAAGAUUAUUAUUUUCACAACAAAUCUUUGACAAUUUAGAUGGCUUUAUACAAAUGGAGCAUGUUAGAAAAAUACUAAUUUGAUCCUAUUCUUUUAUAAUAAAUUUUAUAAGAUUAUAAAUAACCAAAUGGAUCUUAUAAUUUAAAUUAAGAAGAAUAUCAUAUGAUUCUUGAAUAAUGCUAAUAAUAUAGAAUAUAUUAACAUCCAAUUUAUGAUGAAAUUGCUGUUAUAGAUCCUAAAUUAUUCAUUGAAAUUACAAAUCCAAUGAUUUUAACAAUUUCAUCAGUAAUUGUAGUUAAUUAAGCUUUAUAUUAAACUCCUGAAUUAAAUAAUUACGUAUAACACCAUUAUAACAAAUAUAUAGAAAGAAGUAAGUUAGAAGAAUUAAAAAAGAAAAAAUCUAUAAAAAAAGAAAAAAGUGUUAUUUUAAAUGAAAAUGAUAAAUAAAAUGAAAAUUAACAUUAACAUUAAGAUGAAAAUGAAGAUGAACAUUAAGGUGAACAUUAAGAUGAAAAUGUAUAAUAAAAUGAAAAUGAACAAUAAGAUGAUAAUCAAGAAUAAGAUGAAAAUGAUAUUUAAGAUGAUUAGAUAAAUUAAGAAUAUGAUUAAUAAAAUAAUGAUAUGUAAUACAAUAUUGUUUAUGCUUUUUACUUAUUACUUUGUAUUUAAUAAGAUUAGUAUAAAGAAUGGUUAACAAAGUAGUUAUAAUUGAAGAUUGUAGUAGAAAUAUACUAAUGUCUUUAAAAGAAGUAAUGGAAAAUAAAAUAAAAUAAACCAUUUGUAACAGAAAAUAGUAAGAAUUUCUUAUUAUCAUUAUUAAAUCGAGAUUAUAAAUUUAAAGAUUAUUCUUAUUUUUUAUAAAUUUUAGAGGAGGAGAAUUAUAAAGAGUUAGCUAUUUUAAGAGGAAUAAUGUAUAUUUAAUAAAUAAAUGAAAUAAUUUAAGGUUUUAUUGAUAGAUUGAGUGAAGAAAUAUUAACGAUCAAUAAUUUUAAUAAAAAUGUAAUACUUGUAUUUGGAAAAGAAUAAAUAACUUAUGAAGAUGGUGCUUUUACAAUUCCACUUUAAUAUGGAGAUAAAUCAUUUUAUUUAUUGGAAGAAAAUAUUGCUUAGGCUAUUCCUUAAUUAAAAAUAGCAAAUUAUCAAAUGAAUAUUGAAGUAGAAUUGAUAUAAUAUCAAGAAAUCUAAGAGAAUUGGAAAAAUUUUGAUUUCAGUUCAAUUACAACAGUAGAUUUUCGUGAAAUUAUUAUAAAUUCUAAAGAAAGUGUGUUUGAGAAAUGUUUAUUUUUUAAAAAUUUAAUGGAAAAAUAAUUUGAUAAAGUUGGUAUUUAUUAAAUAGAUGAUGUAUUUGCCCCUCAUUAACAUGAGUAAAUUAGAUAAACUGAAUUACAAUCAUAUCAAUCUCAAAUGUAACCUCCAUCUUUAAUUCAUUAAAGUUAAAGUUAAAUGGGUUUAUCUUAAGGGAAUUAAAUUUAAAGAUAAUAAUCUACAAUAAAUUAAUAAUAAAUUAUGAAGGAAGAUUUUCAAUUUAUGUUUGAACUUUUACCUGAUAAUACCUAUUAGGUUAGAUAAUAAAAAAAAUAGAAAAAUUAAAAAGAAUUAAUUUUUGCUGAGUUUUAUCAUUUCAUUUAACCAUAAGUAGUUAUUAAUUUAAUAAAAUUAUCUGAAGAAGAAUUUGUUGCUAAUUAUAAUGGAACUGCUGUAAUCUCAAUGAUAAUCUAAGAUUUUUAUAGAUAUAAUGAAUAUCUUAGUAAUUUAAUAGAAUAGAAAUAAUCAUAAGAUUGGAGAUUAGAAUUUCCAUUUUAUAUCAAGAACUAACAUUUUGUAUUUUAAGAUUAAUUAUUUUCUACAUAUAAUAUUUAAAUGAUUUUUACUAAAUUGGUUGCAUUUAUAGAAAAAGUCAAAUAAUUAUUAGGUAGAAGUGAAGAUUAAAGUAAAUUGGUUUGGAGAAUAAAUACAAUCUCAUUUCUUGAAGUUAUUGUGAGUAGAUUGGUUGAACUCUAAUAAGCAACUCAUAAAAUAAUAAAUAUUUAUUCUAUAAUUGAAUAAGUAUUUAGUUGGGAUACAUUGAUUAUGAUUUUACACUAAUUGCUUUAUAAUAAUUUGAUAAAAGCAUAACAAGUAUUAAAAGUUAUUAGAGGAGUUUAUAUUGAAUUUAAUGAAUAGUAAGGAAUUUAAUUUGUUUUAAGUAAUUAAAAAAAAGGAUUGGAUAAAAUUUUUUAAUUUGGAAAUACAACUUACCUUCUUUACAAUCACAUUUUAAUUAUUAGAUUGAAUAUUGGAAUAUGUAAUUAAAAAGAUUAAAAUGUUUAAUAAGAUUAGUAGAUAGUUUAAUAAAGUAGUAGAAGUGUUUUUAAACCAGAUCCAAUGAUUUAAGAAUAUUUUCACAGUAUCAUAAAUGAAUAUGAUUUUUACAAUUAAAUCUUCAACGCAGAAUAACUAGUUUAAUAUUUAUUCAAUAAAUUAGAUAUAGAUAGACAUUUACUUAAUUAUUCAAAUUAAUUAAGUAAAGUUUUAAAUAAAACAAUAACUUUAUCUGUUGAUCAUUAAUCUUUAGCUUCAAUUUUUUCAAAUGAAAUUUAUAAGAUUAGUUAAAAUAAAAAUAGUAAAAAUAGAUUAAAAGAAAUGGAAUAAAUUUGGUACAUUUUAUUAAAAUUAAAUAAAUAUUUUAAAGAAGAAUUAUACAACUAUUUAUAAAAAUAAUUGAAAGCUGAGAGAUUUGAUGAUAUGUUCAAUAUUAGAUUAUCAUGUUUAUUAUCUUCUUUAAGAUAAAAUCAACCAUUAAUGAACAUUAUUAUAUCAAAUACAAGAUAAUUAUAAUUAAAAUAAAAAUCAAAAAUUUUAUAGAGAUUAGGUUAUGUGACUUAAAAAAGUGAUAUAAAAUUAUCAUAUCAUUUUGGAUUUUAAAUUUCUAAGAAUUAUUAUGUAAAUAAUAGUAAAUUAGGAGAUGUUUGUAUGGUAGUUUAUUGUGAAAAUUAGAAAAAUAAUUUAGUAGCUUGUUAAUUAGUUUAUAAUUCUAAACCAGGACAUUUUUUAUUUUCUUAAUUAGAUUAUAUGAAUUAAGAACUCUUAACUCAAGAAAGGAUAACUAGAAAUUAAGCUCAUUAUUCUGGAUAUACUAGUUCUAAUAUUGAACUUCUUUAUGUGUAAAUUGAAGAUUUAAUGUCAAUAGUAUUAUUUUAACAAAUAUGGCCUUCUGAUCCUCUAUUUAAUUAAUCAAUUUUAAAUGUAUUUUUUACAGAUUAAGAUGGCAAUAUUUCAAUUUGUAAUGAAUCAAAAUUUGUUACUCUAAUGAGUUAAAUUUAAUGUGAAUAAGAUGAAUUCAAUAAAUAAGAGAUGCUUGAUAAUCUUUUUGGAAAUGGUCUUGUCUCUUCAUAUAGUGAUUUAAGUCUAACAUAAUUGACACCAAUUUUUCCAGAUUAAAUAAAUUUUGAUUUUGCUGCUAUUCAUUAAUUAAAAAAACAACAAUCAUUAGUUUAAGGAUAAAAUGUUUUUGUUAGAAUUAAUGGAGAUAAAUUUAAACUUGAUUAAAUUGAAAUUGCAUCUGUAAGUAUGGCUUGUCAUUUUGAAACUAAUGUUAUAGCUUAAUAAUUAUAAAAAAAUUUUAUUAAAUUUCUUAAUGAACAUACAGAAUUAGCUAAUAUUUUUCUACAUUUUGAUGAUUAAAUGAAUUAAAAUCCAGAAUAUUAUGUAGAUUGUAUUUUAGUUGGUGGAACAAUAUUUGAAGCCUUUUAAUAUGGUUAUUAAUCAUUUAAAGAUGGAUAUUCUUAUCCAAGUUUAAAUAAUUCAUUAUAAUAUUUAUUUGAAAUUUAAUCUAUUUAAAUUAUGAAAAUUAAUUUCAUUAAGACAUUUUUCGAAAAAGUUGAAUUUAUUUUUGAGAAAAGCUUUUAAAGUCAAAAAUAAUUAAUUUAAUAUGAAAAUGGAACAUUUAAAUGUUAUACUUUAAUUGAUGAUAAUGAUAAUGUAUAAGUCCCAGAUUCAGGUCAAAUUGCUUAAUUUUUAUUUAAUUUAAUUUUGAAUUUUUAAGAAAAUAAGAAAGACUCUUAUUUUGAUGAUUAAAAUUUGCAUAUAGAAAAAGUAGGAGAUAUUUAAAUAGAAAGUAUUAAAACUGUUGUUGAUAUAAUUUUAUUACUCAAAUAUCUAUUUAAAUUAUUAAAAUUAAUUGAUGAGAAUAUUAAAUUAAAUGUUUCAAUUUUAGCAUAGAAAGAAAUCAAAACAUAAUUUAAAAAUACAAUUUAUUAAUUUAUAGAUGAUGGAUCUCAUCUUAUAAUAAAUUAUGAAACAUUUAGUGAUUUUAAUAUAAGUGAUUUCUUCUUAGAUUAUCUUAACAAUAAGCAAUUUUACAUAAAUAAUAGAUAUAAUGAUAAAAUCAAAUACGAAGGACCAGAAUUAAUAGUAGAUAAAUUGGAACUUAAUCCAAGAAAACUCUUAAGUGGAAUUGAUGAAAAUUCUCAAGUUGAAUUAUUAAUCUUUAAUUUAGAGAAAGGGAGAUUGUAAGAUUUAAAUAUUCUUGAUCCUAAUUAAAUUGAUUAAGCUUAUUUUAUUUUUAAAGUAGAUGGAAUCCAUUAAAAAUUUUAAUCUGUUAAGUGUUACACAUAUAAACCAUUGACAGGAUAUUUUAAAUAAACUACUUAUGAAUAAACAAUUUGCAAUCCUUUAUAUUUAUUGAUAUUAGAUUUGGAAUCUAAUAAAUAAUUGGAAUAACAAUUAAAUAAGAUAGAGAUUUUACAAUCUAAAGAAAAAAACACAAAUUUAAUGAAUUUAAUAAAAAAAGAAAAAAAAAAAUAAUAGAUAUAAGUUUCCUAUAGAUUCAUAGCUAAUAAAACAUUAUUAGUUGAAUUUAUUAGUGAUAAAAUACUCAAUAUGAAAUUAAAUGUAUCUCAAUAAUAUAGAUUAUCAAUGAUCUAAAAUUAAAUAUAAAAUUAAAUAUCAUUUGAAUAUACUACUUAAAAUAAAUAAGAUUUGAGUAAGACUACACAUGUAAAAGUAAUUAUAUAAGGUAAAGAGAAAAUAGUUGAAGUUGAAUAAGAAGAAUAAGUAGCAUUUGGAAUAGGAGAUGCAAAAAUGAUGAAAAUUUUAUUAAAGAAAUCAAAUUAAAAAAUGGAUGAAGUUUUAUUUCAUAAAUAAUGUGAACCAUUAACUCAUUCAAAGGAUUUAUAAUUAAGCAAUACUAUUAAUAUGUUAAGUAAACAAGAAAUUGCAGCAGCAUCUAGAGCUGGAUAAGAAAGAAUUGAUUAUAUAGAAUUUAAGGAUAAUUUGGGUAAUAGAAUCAAUAAUUUCUAAUAUACUACUUUAGUAUUUGUUCAUUCAUUAUUUUAAUAAAUACAAUAUACUCCAAAAUAAGAAAAAAAAGGUUCUGGAUUGAAUGUAAUUUGGACUCCAAUUUUUAAAGGAGUCUAUAAAUUAUAUAUAGAUGAUGUUAAAAUUAAAGGUAGAUUUGUUAUAUUAGCUAAUACACCUGAUCUAUAAGAAAGUGAAAUUGAGAUUCCUCAAGAAUUAUAGACAGUACCAUUUUAUGAAGAUAUUCCAUUUACAUUUUAAUUAAGAGAUAUAUAUUCUAAUAUUUAUGGUGAUAUUGAGAAUGACAUUUAUUUAGAUUGUAAAUGUGAAAUUAAUUGUACUGAAGGAAUUACAUUAUAAGUUAACUUUCAAAAUUUAACAAAAAGUGGAUCUAUGAAUGCCAAAGCUCAUUUUGCACCUGAAAGUGUUGAAGCAUAUGCAAAAUAAACAGAAAUUAUGAUUUUUAUUAACAAAGAAAUUAAAAAAAGUAAAAUCUUUUUAUUUUAUUUUUAUAGUCUAACCAAUUAUAAUUUCAGGUGUAUGUUUGGAAAAAAGAAGAAAAAAAUUUGAAGCUGAGUUAGAAAAAAGUUUUAAAAGAACUGAAUAUUCUUUAGUUAUUAGAAGAUUAAAUUUCUUAAAAGAUUUAUUAGAUUUAGCAGAUAAAAAAAUGAAUUAUAAUUUCAAUAUUAAAUUUUAAGAUGAACCUGGAAUUGAUGCUGGAGGUCUUAAAAGAGAAUUUUAUGAUAUGAUAGGUAAUACAUUAAAAGAUGAUACAUAUAAAUUUUUUUAACCCGUUCAAGGUAAUCUUAGUAAAUAUUUUCUACAUAGUAAUUUUAACAAAAUAAAAAAUAAAAAAGAAUAUGCUUUAUUAUUUGGAAAGGUAUUUUCUUAUUAAUAUUUAUUUAGUUAAUUGCUAAUUCAAUAGCAAAUGGUUAUUUAAUUGGAAUUGAUAUUAUUAGUCCUUUUUGGAAGGUUGUUUAUGAUGAAAAAAUUGUUUUUGAAGAUCUUAUUUUAAUUUGGGAUAAAUAAACAUAUUCUAACUAUGCUAAUCUUAGAAAUAUGAGUUCUGAAUCAUUUGAAGCACUCUAUUUAGAUUUUACUUAUUAAUUAGGAAAUUCUACCAUUGAAUUAAUUCCUAAUGGAUCUACUAUGGCAGUUACUUCAAAUAAUGUAAAUUAAUAUUUAGAUAAAACUGCUGAAUACAUUAUUUUCAAAUAAUUCUCAGACAUUUAUAAAUCAUUUAUUCAAGGAUUUACAACUGUUGUUGAUUUAAAGGUAAUAAUUAUUUUUAUUUAAUUUAAGAUUUUCUAAAAAUGGUUAAAACCUUCUGAAAUAUCUUUAUUAACAUAAGGAUUACUUGAAAUUAAACCAGAUGUUGUGUUGUAAAAGAUUUAAUAUUCAGGAGGAAAGGCUAAUCAUAAAUCUUACUUUGAAACUUAUGUAAAUUAAGCAGAUUCUUAAACUUUAAAGAACAUGUUAAAAUUUAUUACUGGUAUAUGAUUAAAUUAACUUUAAGGUUCAUCUGCUAUUCCAUUUGAUUAAAGUUCAUAUAUAAUAUCAGUAGAAUUCAAAAAUAAUUUGGAUAUUCGAAAAUUACCUUUAGCACAUACUUGCUUUAAAUCAAUUGAAGUUCCUUUAUAUGCUAAUUAUGGACAAAUGAAAUAGAAAUUAGAUAUAGCCUUUUCAAUCGGUUUGGAAGGAUAUGGAUUUGGUUGAGAUUAUUAUUAAUUGUGUC